AUGAUGAAUGGCAACGGCCCCACCCGUUCGGCCACCGUCCAAGCCCAGCGACAGAAACAAUUGGCCCAAGCUCAGGCACAGUCACUGACUCAAGGUAACAAUGUCGUGGACAAGCAAGCAAAAAUGCCUCAGCAUUUUGCUACCACAAGUCAAGAAAUAUUACAGAAGUAUCAGAAGUACCCCGCUCUGAUUUCGCUCCAUAUUUUCGAAAACCAUUACCGCUUCAACAACUCACUGGAGUCGCAGGUGAUUCCCAAGAAUCUGCCUAUGAUUAAAGAUUUUUUGCAUCAUGUGUUGAAGGAAACUAUACCAGUGGAGCUCCUGGAACUUGUGAAGGAUUUCAGCAUUCGCCUGUAUGAUGGUUGUCUUAUCCUCCAAGUGUUUGACCAUCGUGAAAUGGUUGAGGUGCUGGUAAAACAACAGAAUGGAACCACGGCAGUGCAGAAGAAACCGAAAACAUAUCGUACAUUAUUACGACCCACUCAACUUCUGAUUUACUACGACCUUUUGUACCAUACCGACGCAGCGCUUUUCAAGUUCCAUGACCCCCUUUCACUUCAAAUGGAGCUGGAAAUUUUGACGCUUACCAAUCGAGAAUUAGAUUUGCUGACCCCGCUCAACCCUUACCUUUGUGAUGAUUACCUCAAACCAGAACUGGAAUACCCCAAGAAAGUUUGGAACGAAGAGAAAGGAGAUUAUGACCUUGUGUUCAGCCAUCGUGAGGAAACCAAAAACCCUAUUCGUAAGCUUCAUCAAGAUGAAAUUGUUCUCCAUAAGCUGUCAGAUUACGAAGAAAUCAUGUUGCUUAUGCUGAAUAAGUAUAAGAAUGAUAACACUGAACAAAAGCUUGUCGUUGUUGGUCAACCAGCUAUUGCGGGAGCAGUGCCGCCAGGGCUGACGCUGCCUCAGAAACCCAAAGAGAAAUCGGCUAACGCCACGCCACCGCUGCAGUUGAACCGGGUGCCUUCGGUCAAACUGGUGCUGACGGGGCCGCCACGGUCAACUGGGCAAUUUAUGCGGUUGCGGCUUAUUGAAGAAUACCGCAAACGUAAAGACGCUAAACAAGCUGCUCAAGUUAAGGCAAUUAAUCAAGUUCAGCCGCAAGGCAUGGCUCCUAAUGUGAAUAUGGGGGUGAUUGGCGGUCCUGGUGGCCCCAACUCGAACCCAAACAAUUCGCUUCCAGCACUGAUGGGUGGAACCCCUCAACCACGCCCACAAAUAAAGCAAGAAAUGAUGCCGCAACAGCUACCACCACAGCAACCACCGAUGCCCCCUCAACAACAGCAUCCUCCUCCCCAAAUGCAACAACCCCAGCAGCAACCACCACCGCCACCACAAUCACAACAGCAACAUCAACAAGCCUUCGCUCAACAACAGAACCACCCUCAAAUGAAACGUCAAAAGGUUUCUGCGGCUCAAGUUGCUGCGGCUCAACAGCAACACAUGAACCUGAUGCCACUGACUCCAGCUGUGGGCCUGAGCAUGCCUCUGUCGAUGGGUACCCCGGUGAUGCCUUCUGCAAAUGGAAAUAUGAUGCCGCAAAGGCCCCAGCCACACCCGCAACUGCAGUUUAUGGAUUCUAACACGGGCAAUAACCCUGCCAAUCAGAACCAGAACAAUCCUAUGCCUCCACAAAUGAUGCCGAACAUGGGAAAUAACCCUGGGCCCCAGCCUCUGGGACCUCCUCAAGGGCAACAGCGUCCAAGUGUAGCUCAGCUGCAACAGCAACAGAUUCUCAACAAUACUUUGUCUCCCGAAGAACGGGCAGUCUUCAGACAAUUGCAGCUUAAAGUUCAGGGCUACCAGCAGAUGGCCAAUACAGGUGUGACGCCCAAUGGGCAACAGUUGACUCCUCAACAGAAGCAAACGGCUAUGAACCAUGCUCGCGCCUACCAGCACCAGCUCAUCCAAAAAUUCCCGCUAUACUUCCAAAGAGUGAGCCAAUUCCGCUUGCUUCAACAACAGCGCCAGCAGCAACAGCAGCAAAACAUGAUGAACCAACAACAGCGCCACUAG